UCCUCAUUGGUCGACAGUCGACGCCAUUUUAUAUGGACGAUUCGUUUUGUAGUGAAAACGUUUAGUUUUUAAUAAUUUCUGUGUUAGUUUACAAAAAAAAUACUAAUGAUUCUUAAAACAACACUAAAUUCAUUUAUACACAAAACUAAAACGGUCUCUCUAAAAGACUGCGAUAAACCGGAGAAAGUUUAAUUUUCCCGGGAAACCAAGUGAAAUAAUGUGCCCUAACCUAAUUGUUGUGUGGAAAAAAUUGUAGGUAGUUUUUUGAGAGUGAUCGAAUGCCUGAGAAAAUGUCCACGUCCAGCCAGAAUAACGGAAAGAAGAGUUCGAACAGCUCUAUCGUCAACACCCCAUCCAGCACACCCCUGACGGGCAUCGCCAACGGGAACACCCAGGCCAACACGCAGGGCUCCCCUCCGCCCAACAACAACGCCCCCAAAUAUGGUACGCUGGUCCCGAACAGGAUCUUCGUGGGCGGCAUAUCCGCCAACACCACGGAGAGCGAACUGAUGCAGCUCUUCAGCAGUUACGGCACCGUCAAGGCGGCCAAGAUAAUCCAGGACCGGGCCGGCGUCUCUAAGGGCUACGGUUUCAUAACCUUCGAGAGCGAGGACGACGCCAAGAGGCCGCUGAGGGAGGCCGAGAACAUCGUGCUGCGCGAGAGGAAGCUCAACAUCGCGCCCGCCAUCAAGAAGCAGCCGUUCAGCCGGGCGUUUGACGCCUCCAGCCCCCCGACGGUGGCGGCGGGAAACCCGGCACAAUUCUUCUUCCCGCCCGGCGCACCCAUGCCCUACUUCCAGGGUGGCGUCGCCUACUAUCCGCAGCCGGCCCCCGCGGCUCCCGGGGAUCCCGCCAACCAGCAGCCCGUCUACCAACCCCCGCCGGUCUACCCGUCGCAGACGGGCCCCCCGCAGACGGCCACGUACCCUUCCAUGAUGUUCCCGGCCCAGACAAUAUACAUGCCGCAGCAGUACCCCAUGCCCAUGCCGUAUGAUUACAACUACUACCAGAGCAAUGGAGCACCACCCUCCGCCCAGUACAUGGUUGGCAAUCAGGGCGGCUCCGGGGGGCCCCAGUGUCCCCCCCUGCCGCCUUCCGGCAGCCCCCCUCGACCGCCCUGCUACGGCCAACAGAUGCCAGCCUACAGCCCCGCCGAUCCCAUGUUCUAUAACCUGCCUGUCUACGGUGCCACAAUGGAGGUCCCACCCGUCUAUACUGAGGCCUUCGACUUGGGCGCCGGCGGACCCUAUGGCGAGGACGCCUUCAGCAACAUGGCUGACAACAUCAUCGCACAAGAUAUAGACUUGUCCCUAUCGCUACCGUUCAUCACACCCAACGAGAUCAACCACAACCACCCGCCACCACUACCUCUGCCAAACGUUGCCAACGAUCCGGCCGCCACCGACAAGCCCGCGACACACUUCCAAGCCGCCAACGGGAACCCACCCCAUCCGGAAGAGAGGAACACCACCACUCCGGUGGUGUCCCUGCUCUCCAUAGACCACCAGCAGGAGAAAGACUACUUGUCGAUGCGCGGCGGCAGGAGACGCAAGUCGGGGCCCCCCACUGUCCCCAACAACCCGCGUAACCCGCACGGUUUCCUCAGCAACGGGUACACGAGCCCCCUGAGCACCUACAGCGUGGGUUUCCAUCCGCAAACGUACAACCCGUUUGGCAACAACGGCGGUUUCUCGCCGAAUCGCGCCAACGGCUUGGACGGCAGGAUGAACCGUACCAGGCCGAGGGGGCGGGCCUACGACAGGCGUUCCAACGAUCACUCGAGCCGCUCGAGCCUGAGGACGGACUCCAACUCGUCGGCCAGCUGCGUGGACGAGAACAGGAACGAGGAGAAGCCGCGGAUGAACGCCGCGAGCACACCGCCGCCGGCCCCCUACUCCCCCAUAUCGCCGCACAUGAAAAUACUCCACAACACCGUCUCGAGGGAGUUCCACAACAUCGCGCGCUACGCCACCAAUUACCGCCCGCCAUACAACCACCACCACAAUAUUAAUAACAUUAACGACAAGACACACCCUAACCCCAGCGACAGCCCCCUAUCCCCCCAUUCCUCCAUUUCCCAGGUGCACGUGACGGCCUCGCAGAGCUUUGCGCCGCAGGCCCGGCGCAGCAGGCGGUCCAUAAGGCGCGGGGGUCCCGCCGGGGUGAGCGAGAUUGGCGCCGGAGACGCCCCCCUGCCCAACGACGACGUCUGCAAGAAGUUCGAAACGCUGAAGCUGUAGAGGCGGGGAUUUUUUUUGUUUCUGCACGUUUAUUUAAGACUGUAACAUAUUAAAUUUAAUGUAAUCUUAAGAGAGGGACGUCUAUUUAAAUAUAAAUAUAUAUUUAUCGAGGAAGACCGGCGGGACGUUCUUGUGUUUUGAUGGUGGGGACGGACGUCGGCGGGUGGCGUCUCUUUCGGAAGGUUACGAUUCGCGUUUUUGUUGAUGUUCCUUUGUUUGUUGUGUUUUGUUUGUUUCUUGUUGCAAGGCCUACUGAGUUGCCGAAAUUUGUUUGUUAGUCGGGGUGUAAUGUUUUUUCACGAGAUCCAAGUAAUCUCUGGAGGGACGACGCCGCCCCACGCGCCGUCCGAUUGGUUUGGGCCGCUCUUUAUAUGGACGACAAUAUAUAUAUCGAAAAAAAUAAAACAACACACAAAACGUACAGUGAGAUGCCAUCUGUAGUUUAGCCGUUUGUAGAUAUAUAUUUUAGAGGUGUCGCGCCGUAGGGGGCGCGUUUGUAGAUCAAAAGAAACUCUGAGAAAUAAAAUUUAACGAUGUUAUUUAAUGUUUAAGGGAGAAACGCCAGAGGUAUUUUUUUGUGGACGUGCGUACGUUUGUUAUGUUUGGGUUUUUCCACGAGAUGGCGUCGGAUCUUUUCCACUUGUCGCGUUAAAAUUUCAAAUUUUUGCUAACGCCACCUAGUGGGAUGCUUUGGGACAGAGACGAUCUCGUGGGGGAAAUUCCCUUUAGUGUUAUUACGUAAAUAUUUGCCAUGUUUCGUUGCCGUUUUCGAUAGGGAUACAAGGUACUUAAGAUGUAAGGCCCGUGGACGGGCGGUCUUCCAUUGUUUCCGUCGGUACCCGUUUGUUUUUCGUGGACGGGACGCAGCGCCCGCUCGAUAUUUUAAGGGGACUGGUUUUUGACAGUAUUAUAAGGUUGGAAACGACGGAAGGCCGCCGCGUGCGAGAGCUGUGUUCUUCACCGCCACUACUUUUUAUCGUUAGUUAGGUUUUAGUUGUAGGUUUUUUGUUGUUUUUUUUUUAGGAGAGUCCGCGCCGACUAUAAAGGUAAAUUUGAAAAAAGUGAGAUUUUUGCUCAAAUAGGUUUUUGUUUGUGACCGUAUUUGGCUCUCUAGUUUGGUUUUUGUUGAUGGGUAGGCGGGACGUUUCGGGUUUGGGCGGGACGCGGGACGGCCCGCGACGUAGUGGGUUUUUUCGAUUUUUAGGCUGUGACGAAUUAAACGUUGUAUUUAAAAGAUAUUUAUUGAGGUUUUUGUAGUUUUUUAUACGCCACUAGGGGAGAAAAUUACUUAAAAAAUAAUUUCGCGUCGCUUUCUGUCGUUUUGUCCCCCUCUCGCUGGGGAUGGGCGUCUCGCGCGGGGUUAGGGUUAUUUUCUAGGUAAUUUUUGCAAGCAGAAAAAAAACGAGUCAAUCAAAGCGUCGAUUCAAAUUGAAUAAAAGUUGUUCCAAAGAGCCUAACGAUUUUUCAAGUAGUAGAAAAAAAAAACCCGGGAAGAUUUUUCGUAUCCUUUAUUUUUCUCUAAGUAGGUUUGUUGAUAAUGUACACUUGUAUAUUAUUUUUUCCAAAGACGUAGUUUUAAGCGAGCGUAGGGUAUAGCUUGUAAAUUAUAUAUAAAUAUACAAAUUAUAUAUAAAAAAAUAUAUAUAUACAUAAAAAUAUAGUUUUUAAGGUAUAUAGUAACUUAUUGAGUAGUUUUUAAGUAACUCUUAGGUCUCAUAGCGAGUAAGGGAAUUGUUUUGGCCAAAAUACCGCGACGACCCGCUUUUUUCCCCCCCUCCCCUCCAAAAAAGGAAAAAAAAAAGAACGCGCGCGCGCGCGCGCGAGUGAAAGAAAGAGA